AUAAUGCAUUGAAACCAAACGCAUUCUGUCGUGCCUCAUGUUAGUUGUUAACGUCAAAUGUCUGCGCAAAUCUCCGCAUUCUGUGCUCCAGAUUAGCCAAAAGUCAGGAAACAACGCUGAACACGCAAAUACAAAUAACAUUAUUAUUGAACGUUGUACAUUUAUUACUCGUUGGUAGGUGUAGACAUUCAAUAUUAUGAAGGCAUGCAAAAGCGCUUUUAGUCUAUCGUCGUGGCAGAAAAUGAAGUGUGUUUUGUGUCUUGGAUAGACACAAUGGGUAAAUUAAUGUAUUGUGGUUUAUAUUUCAUGCUCUUGUACUGUAUGUGAAUUCUCAGAUGUUCUUCGGUCUGGGUUAACUUUUUCUAAGCCUAUUACCAUGAGGUCGUAGCAUGGAUUAAACGUUCAGAUCUUUCAUUAUUUUAUUACCUCUGGAGUUUGCCCUGCUGGACAUAGAAGGUGCCCUUCCUGCAUAAUGACCGGCAAUGAGCGCCCAGGGAAGUCCAUGUUUUGGCACCCUUUCACCGGCUUCAGGACACGCCUGGAGAGGGUCAUGCUGGCCCGGAGUGAAAGUAUGCCUGGAGAACCCGUCUUAAAAGUUACCAUUACGGAGACCACGGUACUUGAAGCUGACUCGGGUGUGUGGAACUCCAGAGCUCUGGUGUAUCUGGUGCUUUGGUACUUUUUCAGCUUCUGCACGCUCUUCCUCAACAAGUACAUCCUCUCUCUUCUGGAGGGAGAGCCCAGCAUGCUGGGUGCUGUCCAGAUGCUCUCCACCACUGUCAUUGGCUGUGUUAAAAUGUUUGUGCCUUGUCCCCUGCACCACCACAAAUCCCGUGCUGAAUUCCCCUCCAACUUUCUCAUGAUAAUGCUCUUUGUAGGACUGAUGAGGUUCACAACUGUUGUGUUGGGUUUGAUUAGUCUGAAAAAUGUAGCAGUGUCAUUCGCUGAGACGGUGAAGAGCUCAGCGCCCAUCUUUACUGUUAUCAUGUCCAGACUCAUACUGGGAGAAUACACAGGUUUCUGGGUCAAUAUGUCUCUGUUUCCUGUGAUGGCAGGUCUGGCUCUCUGCACGGCCACUGAGAUCAGCUUUAACAUGCUUGGCUUCUCUGCCGCUCUCUCCACCAACGUUAUGGACUGUUUACAGAAUGUGUUUUCUAAGAAACUGUUGAGUGGGGACAAGUAUAGGUUCAGUCCUUCAGAGCUUCAGUUUUACACCAGUGCUGCAGCGGUCAUCAUGCUUAUACCAGCUUGGGUUUUCCUGAUGGAUAUACCUGUGAUCGGGAAGAGCGAGAGAAACUUUAAAGUGUCCCAGGACGUUGUGUUGCUUUUGCUGUUCGAUGGGGCUCUGUUCCACUUACAGAGUGUUACAGCAUAUGCCCUCAUGGGCCGCAUCUCUCCCGUCACAUUCAGUGUUGCGAGCACAGUAAAGCACGCUCUCUCCAUCUGGCUGAGCAUCAUUGUUUUCAGUAACCCCAUCACUGUGGUGUCUGCGGUGGGCACGGUCAUGGUGUUCGGGGGAGUUCUGCUUUAUAACAAGGCGAAACAAAUGCAGAGAGACGUUCUUGUCCAGCAUUCUCUCGUCCAAUCAGAUUCGGAUCAGAAACCCCUUAUCCAAGACUGUGAAGCCACAUCUGCCAAAUAAACUGUAAUAUGGUUGUAUUCCACCCCAAAGGAGUUGUGUGGAUUUCAGUCCUUUCCCAGAUUUUGACCCAGCCAGGCACAUUCAUCAGAGCAGGAAGAAAAAGGGUGUAAACGAAAUAAAACGCUUGGGAUUUCUUUACGCUAGCUCUUUCUUAAAUUUUGGAAUCACAUUAAAUAAGAAGUUGUGCCUUUAUAUGAUUCAUUCUUUUCGGUUUCGGGACCCAUCAGUUUUCCUUAGAAUGGUGAAAAUAAAUGGAGACUAAACAAAGUUUAAUUUCACAUUUCUGUUGGGGGAACAUCACCAAGAAAUAUGCAGAUCACAUUUCAUCCAAAAAAGCAUGAUUUAUUUUUCUUAAUUUUGGGGCAAAGAAUUUCAUUGUGUAAAGUAUCUUGCAAGUUCUUUGGAUAAAAUGAUAGCAAGCACCUGUUUUCUUAGGCUUCCAAAGUUCAAUGUAAUGCAUUCCACCACUUUUCUUAAAAAAAAAACUAUUGUCAUGUCGUCUGUGCACAUACAGUCCUCUGUAACAGAACUCUGAAUUGCGAUUGCAGUCAUUGUAGCCAUGGCUGUUAGCACCCUGUGUUUUUACUUGUCUUGUCAUGAUUUACUGGAACCACAGGUCAUGCUAUUAAAAAAAGAGUUUCUCGAGUUAUGUGGCUUAUGUUGGAUCAAGGACAUAAAUUUCAUCACACUUUUAACUGUUGGAUUACUGUGAAAAUACUUGAUGACUUGCUUUUUAGUCGGAAUGUAUUUUGAGCUUCAGUUUAAGUUAAUAAGGUUUUUUUGUAAUUUGUUGUAAAUCUCUCUCACUUUUUUUGUUGACGUUGCGUAACUGACAGACAAGAAGUAGACAAGUCAGAUAUGAUAAAAGAAUACUUGAAACUGGGCAGUGUUUGAGGUAGUAAACUUAUGGUUCAGCUGUGGUGGGUUGCACAUAAAUGACAUGUACAAUAAGAUGACCUGUAUUUUAUAUGUCAUGUUAAAUAAUUACUUGUGGGAAUUGUAUAAUUUGGUCUGUAUAUGUGCAUUUUUAACAUGAGUCAAUUUAAAUGAAUUUUGCAAUUCUUUAAUAAAUAUAUGAACUUCAA